AUGGAUUACCCCUCCCAAAGCACUGGCUCUGCCCAAAUAGACCAUGACCCCCAAACUCCAGCUCAUAACAACAUCUUCUCUUCGACCACUCGCAAAGAGGAGCUCAGCCCACCUGAACUUACUCGCUGGACUGAAUUCAUAGAGAAAUAUCCAGGGUAUGCGGAUAUUCCAAAGGAGCACCGAGGAGAUCGAGGAGAGCGCAAGCGGAGAGAACAUGAUGUUGUUGACAAAGACUUUAGCUUGGAGGAAUUCGGAGACCCAUUUGAUGAUACCGAUAUGGUAGAGAAGCUGUGA